AUGACAACUGAUCCUGACAUGCUGGAUAAAUGUGCUCAAAUCAUCGCCAAUGCACGACAUAUAGUUUGCUUUACUGGUGCAGGUAUGUCGGCAGAAUCUGGUAUUGGAACUUUCCAAGGUGGAAGUGGCUUAUGGAACGGUGCUCUGGGUUUUAUUGUAUUAGGAUGGUUUGGCACACCAAUCGGUUGGAAAUGGACUCCAGGCUUUGCUUGGAGUCAAUAUAUUGACAAAUUUUAUAAUCCAAUACGUGAUGCACAACCGAAUGAAGGUCACAGAGCACUCGCACGUUUACAAAAAAUAUAUCCUGAGAUGUCUAUUAUAACACAAAAUGUCGAUGGUUUGCAUCAGAGCGCCGGUUCUAAUCCUCAUCGAGUGUUUGAAGUACAUGGAACUGUCAGACGUAGUCGAUGUAUCACCAACGGUCAUAUUUAUGAUUUUGAAGGAGAAACAAAUCUUCCAAGAAAGUCUCCUGUGUGUCAUGUCGAAGGAUGUGGUUCUACUUUACGUCCUGAUUGUGUAUUAUUCACGGAAAGUUUACCCCAAGAUCAAUGGAUAGGUGCAGAGCUAGCAACACAAAAAUUGGGACCUGGCGACGUGAUGAUCAUUGUUGGUACUUCUGCUCAAGUUUAUCCUGCUGCUGGAUUACCGGAAUUAGCGACCCAAAGAGGUGCCACUGAUCAUGUUGAAGUAUGUAAAGAUAAAUUAAUUAAUUUACAAGGUACAAUUGUUGGAAUUGAUAGAGUUUCAAUAAGAAUUUCACCAAAGCAUGAAGCAUUAAAAUAUGAAAUUCCAUUUAAAGUUAAUGAAUUAAAAAUAUUUUUCUCUCUUGAAAAUCAUGUUAAAGUCUUAAACAGAAGACUUGAAGGUGAAACUGGCAUGAUUAUUGAAAUUGAUGGUACAAAAGCAAUUGUUUUAAGUGAUGGAACUAAAGAUGAAGUUAGUUAA